UCGAACCAACACCGCAAACACUAUUGUCUAGUUCUUCCUAGGCGUACAACGAUCGCCCCCCCCCCCCCCAUUCGUGUUCUUUUGGCUAGUAGCAAUAGUAGUACUUGCGACCAAGCAGUGAUCACAUACACACGCACAAACACAUUCAUCAUGCAAAUUUUCGUCAAAACUCUGACGGGAAAGACCAUCACCCUUGAUGUCGAACCCAGUGAUACGAUCGACAACGUCAAAACUAAGAUCCAGGACAAGGAAGGCAUUCCUCCGGAUCAGCAACGAUUGAUCUUUGCUGGCAAGCAACUGGAAGAUGGCCGUACACUGUCGGACUACAACAUUCAGAAAGAAUCCACCCUUCAUUUGGUGCUUCGUCUACGUGGAGGAGGUAAGAAACGUAAAAAGAAGGUCUACACCAAGCCCAAGAAGGUCAAGCGCGUCAAUAAGACCAUUCCGUUGCAAACUCUCAAGUAUUACCGGGUGGAAUCGGACGGCAAGGUCACUCGCCUCCGAAAGUACAGCCCCGUCGCUGGCAUUGGAUGCUUCAUGGCACAACACGUUGAUCGUUACUACUGUGGAAAGUCGGGAACCACCUUCAUGUACGAUGAUAUGAAGGAAAGCGAGUAAAAGCCAUGUAACGGGUCUUUAAUCUAGCACUUCUACAAAC